ACUUCCCAGGGCUGCGAGAGACAGAGAGGAAGUGGAAUUUGCUAGCUUCCUAGAUUGCAAAGAAAUACACAAGGAAAGCAGCAAGCGGAUUUGGGUGCAUUGCGUUUCCUUGCAAAAUCCAGGGGUUCGGAGGCAUUUGCGGAAAGGAACUAGGGGAAAAAUGAACGUGGUGUUUGCAGUAAAGCAGUACAUCGCCAAGAUGAUCGAGGACAGCGGGGCUGGCAUGAAAGUUCUGCUGAUGGAUAAAGAGACGACCAGCAUCGUGAGCAUGGUGUACACGCAGUCUGAGAUCCUGCAGAAAGAAGUGUACCUCUUUGAGCGCAUAGAUUCAGCCAACCGGGAGAACAUGAAACAUUUGAAGGCUAUCUGUUUCCUGCGGCCCACGAAGGAAAACAUCGACGGCCUCAUCCAAGAGCUGCGGCGGCCUAAAUACAGCACCUAUUUUAUUUAUUUCAGCAACGUCAUCAGCAAGAGUGACGUCAAGUCUCUGGCCGAGGCGGACGAGCAGGAAGUUGUGGCGGAAGUUCAGGAAUUCUACGGUGAUUACAUAGCGGUGAAUCCGCACGUGUUUUCUCUCAACAUCUCCGUCUGCUGCCAGGGACAUAGCUGGGACCCAGCUCAGUUGUCCAGGACCACCCAAGGCCUGACCGCUUUGCUCCUGUCCCUGAAAAAGUGCCCCAUGAUCCGCUACCAGCUCUCUUCGGAGCCAGCAAAGAGGCUCGCGGAAUGCGUCAAGCAAGUGAUCACUAAGGAGUAUGAACUGUUUGACUUCCGCCGCACUGAAGUCCCUCCGUUGCUGCUGCUUGUAGACCGUUCGGACGAUGCCAUCACUCCGCUGCUGAACCAGUGGACGUAUCAGGCGAUGGUGCAUGAGUUGCUUGGGAUUAACAACAAUCGCAUUGACCUGUCACGAGUCCCGGGCAUAAGCAAGGACCUCCGGGAGGUGGUUUUGUCUGCCGAAAAUGACGAGUUUUAUGCCAACAAUAUGUACCUGAACUUUGCGGAAAUCGGCAGUAACAUUAAGAACCUCAUGGAAGACUUCCAGCGGAGGAAGCCCAAGGACCAUCAGAAGCUAGAGUCCAUAGCGGACAUGAAGGCAUUUGUGGAGAACUAUCCGCAGUUCAAGAAGAUGUCCGGCACAGUCUCCAAGCACGUGACGGUGGUCGGGGAGCUCUCCAGGUUGGUGAGCGAGAGGAACUUGCUGGAGGUGUCGGAAGUGGAGCAAGAGCUGGCUUGCCAGAAUGAUCACUCCAGCGCUUUGCAGAACAUCCGGCGGCUCUUGCAGAACCCCAAAGUGAGUGAGCUGGACGCCACCCGCUUGGUGAUGCUCUACGCCCUUCACUACGAGCGCCACAACAGCAACAGCCUCCCCGGCCUCAUGACGGACCUGAGGAACCGAGGCAUUUCUGAGCGGCACCGCAAGCUGGUGUCCGCAGUUAUAGGAUAUGGCGGGAAGCGGGUUCGAGGGAGUGACCUCUUCAGCCCCAAAGACGCUGUGGCCAUCACCAAGCAGUUCCUCAAAGGACUGAAGGGGGUUGAAAACGUUUACACCCAGCACCAGCCUUUGCUGCACGAUACGCUCGAUCAGCUCAUCAAGGGGAAACUGAAGGACAACCAGUAUCCUUACCUGGGCCCCAGCACUCUCCGCGACAGGCCGCAAGACAUCAUUGUGUUCAUAAUCGGAGGGGCAACGUACGAAGAGGCCCUGACCGUUUAUAAUUUGAACCGUACCACCCCCGGGGUCCGGAUUGUGCUGGGUGGGACUGUCAUCCACAACACGAAAAGCUUCCUGGAGGAGGUUUCGGCUUCUGGCUUCCGCGGACGGGGCACCGAGAGCUCUCACGGGGUGGCGAGGGCAGCGCCCAGGCGACUGAACUGAUAGUUUCUUCUCCCGCUCCAUCAUUUCCUCCUGACCGUCUCGGAGGGAUCAGCAUCCAUCGUGUGCGGUCAUCCCUGCAACUCAUUUGCCUGCCGUCUGAAACUCCAGCAAAGCACUUUAGAAGACCAGAUUCCACUCUCCCAAGUACCUGUAGCCGGACAGGACAGGGUACGCAUGAGAGCUUUGAGCUUGCUCUUCCACAGGACCAAGUUGUCUCUUCGCAAGCCCUGACUGAGUUCUUGAGAUGGUGGAUGGGGGGAAAUACCACCACUUUAGCCUCAUUAUUCCUUGUCUGCCUGCAGCUCUGUCUUGCGGUCCUUGAGGUUGUCUUAAGCCGCCGAACUUGUUUUCAAAUUUCUUUGUUACCACCACCCCGGAAGAUUACCUGCCUACUGUCCUGGGAUGCGCUGUCCCUCAAAGAAAAAUUAUGUCAACUCCAAUAAAAAGGAAGUUGUGAUUUUCCCCCCUCUGGCAUAUAA